AUGGAGGUUCCGAGAUCCCUUGUAAUAUCCAAUGGAUUUUUGUUUUUAGCCGGUGGAAUAUUGCAACGUCAGCAGACCAAUGAUCUAACGUCAUUCGUGGACGCUUCAAACGUCUACGGUUCUUCAGAAGAGCGUCUGGCGUUAUUGCGAGAGGGAAAAACACCGUUUAUGAAGGUCACACAGGGUGCAGAUGGGCCCCGCCUACCUGACGGUCCUGAUAAUGUGUGCCGUUCAGACGCGGCCAAUGGUAUACGCUGCAGUAUUGCUGGUGACGUACGAGUCAACGAAAUUCCGUCUCUUACGUCAUACCACAAUGUGUUUGUACUCGAACACAAUCGUCUGGCGAAUGGACUUAGGAAAUAUUUUCCGGAUGACGAGGAAGCAUUCCAGCAGACGAGAAAACUCUUGAUCGGAAUCAUGCAGAAGAUUGUUUACGAUGAAUUUCUCCCUGCAUUCCUUUCACCGACUGCGAUGAAGAAAAAUAAACUUGCCAGUUCAAAAAAAUACAAAUACGAUCCACAGCUUGAUCCUACCGCUGCCAACGUGUUUGGAAUAGCGUUCCGUAUGGGCCACACUUGGAUUCCCACGUUUAUGUCGGUGUUCACGAACAACUUCCAGCCGUUCCGCGAGACACUUCUCAACCUGACCUUCUUUGAUCCCAACAUGACCUAUAUACAGUCUGUGAACGGAGGUCAAUCUGGGAUGCAGGGGCUAGCCUACGCGCUAUCGGCCCUCGAGGCAGAGAAAACUGACAGAAUCAUCGAAGAAACUGUCCGCAGCUUCUUAUUUGUCAACACGUUGGCCGAUACUUCUUUCGAUUUGGCAUCCCUGAACAUCCAGAGGGGUCGCGACCACGGACUCCCCUCCUACAACGAGUUCCGUAAAUGGUGCGGGUUGUCUUCAGUUAGGUUCUGGAACACAUCCUCAGUUGGAGGCCUUGUUGAUCACACUCUUGAGACAAUCACUCUUCUUAAAACUGCUGGUUACAGUUCGCCCCAAGAUAUAGACUUUUUCCCCGGAGCCCUGAGCGAAAAGCCCGUCUCUGGUGGAACCCUGGGUCCGACCAUGGAGUGCAUCAUAGGAGACCAGUUCCGGAGACUCAAGUUCGGAGAUAGAUUCUUCUAUCAGAACAAGAAGACUGGCUUUAAGAAAGCGCAACAGGCCGCCAUUCAGAAAUACAGCCUGGCCUCCCUGCUUUGUCACAACUACAACUUCACCAAGAUCAAUUUUCCAAACGUCUUCAAACAAGCUGAUCCACUCAGGAGUUGCCAGAAAAUCCCCGAUAUUGACUUGCUGCCUUUCGGUGUGUUUCCCAGACGUUGCAGCAGACGUUGCAGCAGACGUCGCAGAAGACGCCACAGUCACAGCAGUCGGCACAUAGACCCAAACGAUGACUUUGCCGAAUAUUAAUGCUCAACGCAACCACUGAGUAAAUAAUAAAAACACUUGAGGUAUAACAACAGUAAUGACUUUGCGCAUGUGUGGCAAUUUAUUUACACCUUUUUUGAAGAAUGUUUAAAUAGACACAUGUUUGUUUUUGUAAGUUUAGAAGAACGUGUUACAGUUGUGUUAAUGAAGACAUGUUAAGUAUCUUUAUCAUUAUUUUCC